AUGAACAAACGACCAACGACUUUCUUGGGAUUAUUUGCAUCUAGCAGCAGGUCUGAGGGGCAGGAGGAUUCUGGGAGGAAGAAGAAAUUUGGCGAGGCACAAUUUUCAGUUGAGAGUCAACCGUCAUCUUGCAGCAGUCCAAACACACCCACAACAUCAAAUAUUUACGAUGUUUCGAGCAAGUUCUCCAAAGAUGGCAACUUAUGUUUCGUCGUCAGUCUGGAUAAGGCCGCUAGCGAUAAGGGAUUUAUGAGAAGGAGGAUCAAGUCGGCUGAGCCGAGAGUGAGUUUGAAUAAAAGUAAAACGUUCAGUUGUAAAUUAAGUAGUAAGGCUAACAAGUUAGGCAUAUCAGUUUCCAGUGAAGAAAAUAAGUCGAGUGUUGACGUCAUAACGAAAGUUAAAGAAAGUGUUGGAGACAAAAAUAACGAUGGUGGUGUGGUGAUGUCAUUAGAAAACAAACACAAAAUGAAAGAACAAUCUAUCGAAGAACAACAGCUACAUCAACCACAACAAGAAGAGCAACAGCAGUCAGGUUUGAAGUCCGGUUGUAGCACUAUGGACCCGGCAAUUGAAUGCCGAAAGAUAGGCAAAGCUGGAAUGAUGUUUCAGUUCUCCAAUGAAUCUGACAAAAGUUUUCCAACCAGCGGUCUAGUUGAGGCGAAGAUGUUCACACCAAAUUCAAAAUUUGUCAAACUAGAUUGCCUACUGACGCAGAAUCAACAGCAGCAGAACACAUCAACUAAAGACGACGAUGACGAUUACUCAACAAAAACAUCCAGACUCUCCUACAUCCAAUCUUCAUUCACUCCAAAAACAAAGCAUCCAAAGGAAACUCUAGAGUCCCCAACAACUUCCACAAACCCAGAAACGACCAUCAAACAAAGUGGGGCCUUCCAUUUGAAAAAGGAGCAAGUAACUCAACAGAGAUUGAUAUCGGUAGAUCGGGAGCAGUACCACAAGACGGAACAGGCUGCACUGAGUUUGGAGCAACAGGAGCCGGACUUGAAGCACCACCGAGCUGUUACGGUCAGUAGAAGCAAGACAUGGAGCUUCAAAUCUCCCUCGGAUGUCUCCCUACUAGGGAGCGCUAAAGAGACAAAAGUCAGCACAACUAUAACGCCGAAACAAUACAGUGCAAGAGAAAGGAAAAGCGCGAACAAAUUUCAAAGCAGGCACUCAAUUAUUAACGAAGACGACAACGACGACGACGAUGGCGUUAGCCUAACAAAUGAUGAAAAUAUUCAUCAGGAUAUAACCUAUGUAGAUAAAAAUGCUGCUGCUGCUGCUGCUGCUGCUACUGCUGCUGCUGCUGCUACUGCUGCUGAUGGCGGCGACGACAAAAAUCGUGAUAUAUAUUAUAAAAACGAAUUGGCUACACUAUCUGACGACACUGAAGAUAGAGUAUCUUCGUGGAGGAAGCCAAAAUCUAUCUGUAACGUUGUCAAGUCGUACACUAUUCUCGAUAAGGAUUUCAGGUCAAAUAGAUUGGCUAUGUGGAAUAGAGAACCUAGAACAACGAACUACACAAAGUUAAACGAAACUACAACCACCACUACUACUUUUACAACAACAACUACUACUACUACUACAACUACCAAUACCACUACUAGUACUACUACUACUACUACUUAUAGUAAUUCAAGUAGUAUUAGAAGUAGAGAAAACAGCCUAGGCAGUAUUGAUAAUGAUGAUGAAGGCGGUAGUGAUGAUGAUAGAGUGAGUGAAAGAAGAAAAAGGAUAAAGAAACAACAACAAUACCCUUCUCCAUUUAUGACCUUAUCUGGUUUUCCUGCUGACGACAACCUGGUAACAAAAUGUGUAGUGCUACAGAAAGAAGAAUCCGGAUAUGGAUUCACUGUCAUGGGAACUGAUCCGGUUUAUGUCAGCCACGUCAGAGAAAAUGGUGCCGCCUAUAGAGCCGGUAUACAGGAAGGUGAUAAAGUGAUUAAGGUGAACGGAACGCUGGUAGCUCACUUCAACCACAUUGACGUAACGAACAUGAUGAAAUCCAACCAGGUCAAGAUCAUGCGCAACAACUUGGAGAACUUGAAAGAACAGCAACACCAACGACAACAGCAGCAACAGCAGCUAUUACAUCAGCAACGACAGCUGCAACUGCUUCAGCAGCAGAGAAGGAAUAGUUCCGAAUCAUCUGUGACCGGGGAAGAGAAAAUUAUAUCGGCUCCGAAAGCUGCUGAUCCAAUAAAAGUUCAGCAGAUUAAAUUAGAAAAGUAUCUCACCAUGAAGCAAAUGCAGAGGCAAAUAAAAGACGACAUAGUGAACCUGAGGUUAGAUUAUGACCUCUACCCUAGCGAUGAUAAGAGGCGAAGGCCAAACAGUGCAGACAACAACAAUUUUAGCAGCAUUAACAGCAACAACAAUGUCGUUGCAGCUGACAGUAACGACGACGACAACACCAACUACACCAACAACAAUACUUCAACAGCUUCAAACGACGGCGCCAGCGACGACGCCAACGACAUCACGACACAAAAAGACCGAGUCGAUGCCCGAUGA